CCAUCCCAUCCCAUCCCAUCCCAUCCCAUCCCAUCCCAUCCUGCUGGCUCCUCCAUAAAGAGGUUGUCCCCAGCACCUACCUCAGGACCUCUCUCCAGCCCAGCAACUCUCCUCCUCUGUGCCCUCAGGACCUGCUGGCUCUGCUCAAUGAGCAUGGCCCAUCCACGAAGCGGAUCUUCCGACUGCCAGCCAGCCAGCGCGCCUGCCAUGAGGUCAGGGAGGCCCUGGACAGCGGGGUGCCGGUGCAACUGGAAAACCAGCUCAUGCUGCUGCUGGCUGUCUUCUUGAAGGACCUCCUCCGCAAUGUCCCCUCCAAGCUCCUCAACAUCCAGCUGUUCGAGGAGUGGAUGAAUGCCAUGGAGAAGACCAGUAGGCAGGAGAGGCUGGCAGCACUGAAAGAGGUGGCCAGCAAGCUACCAGAGGCCAACCUGCUCCUGCUCCAGCACUUGCUGUGGCUGCUUAGCAGCACCAGCAAGAAUGUGGCCACAACCAAGAUGACGGCCAGGAACCUAUCCAUCUGCCUGGCAUCAAACCUCCUGAGCCAACUCCAGGAGAUGCCCCUGGAUGUCCUGGCUCUGGAGACAGGGAAGGGAACGCAGCUCGUCGAGUUCCUCAUUGACCAGCAGGAGGAACUCAUUGGAGAGCAGGUGGCUGGGCUGGCCAGCAAGGGGGAUCAGGAGACACCAGCACUACAAGCAGAGCUGGAAACAGCAGAGGUGCCUCCCAUUGCUCCCAAGAGCGAACAGCAGAGGAGCUUUUCUGGGGAGAAAAGGUUCCCUGGCUCUUCGCGGAACACCAGGAAGCAAAGAGCAACCUGGGAAGAGGGCAGUGACAGGCCACCAUCCCGGAAGAAGACCAAAACUGAGCUCUCAGGGAUGGGCAACUCAAAAAAUUCAAGCAGGGGAAGAGCAAGGCACCCAGGUAUGUAGCAGAGCCUGUGUUCCAUCUUUUUGCCAAGCUCUGAGUAUAGGAAACAUUCCUGAGGUGCACAGGAUGGUCCUGCCUUGGGGGAACAUGUAUGUCAGGAGAAACAUGCCACCACAGCAUUGCCUGCCAACCUGCGAUUUUAGUAUGGCAGUGUGAGGGAUGCUGUUGCUUGGAUUUUGGAAAGGACCAUAUCCCAGCUUCCCAGGCUCCCUGCCGAGCCCUGCUGCCUGGCAAGGGGGCACUGUGUAUCUCUGUCAACUUGUCAUGCUCUGAAGGUGUUGCAUGUGUUGAGAAGGUACCAAAGCAGCACUGUAGUUGUCAGUUAGGAGACAGUAAGGAGCCUCUCUCCUGUGCUAGCAAUGACCCUUUCUACAGCAUACUUCCAAACAACCCAGGAGCCAAGUCCUGCCUGCUCCUCCCCUCAUGUCUUC